AUGGACUUGUUACCAACAUACUGUUCAAACAGAUCGAAGACGUUUUUGUCGGCGCAAUGGGCGUAUGGGAUUAUCUAUGUGGGACAAUGUUUUGAUGGCGGAGCAACCGAAUUCCAUGAAGUUCUAUGUAAGUAUGCCAUUGAACGUGGAUUUCAAUUCAAGUACAUUAAAAAUGAUUCCGUUCGAAUUACAGUAGUGUGUAAGUUUGCGGCGUCAACAGAUUGUUCGUGGUCAGUUCAUGCGAGGAUGUUACCGUCAAGUGGGGUGUUAUGUAUUAAGAGGUUUGAUAGUGUGCAUACAUGUGGGGCUGCUGUACGUAUUUAUAGGAACCCUCGUACGGGGUCUGAUUUGGUGUCUACUAUUGUUGCGGAUCGGGUACGUGAUCAGCCAUUGAUGUGUCCUACUGAUGUUGUGUUUGAUUUGAAAAACGAGUAUGGUUUGGACAUUAGUUAUCGGGUGGCAUGGUUGGGUGUUGAGAAAGCGAGAUGCGAAGUGUACGGGGAUCACGCUACGUCCUUCGAUCAACUUAGGUGGUAUUGCGAUUCCGUUAUGCAAAAAAACCCAAACAGUUACAUUAAACUUGAGUUUGACCAAAAAACCGGAAGGUUUGUUAGGUAUUUUAUAUCAUUCCGCGCUUGUACAAAUGGGUUCAAUCAUUGUCGACCUCUGCUAUUUUUGGAUGGAACAUUUUUGAAAGGUAAGUUUAAAGGUAAUUUGCUUGUGGCUACUGCUAAAGACGCCAAUCAAGAUAAUGGUAUGUUCUCUUAUUCUAUAUUUUGUGCACGUACUAGUAAACAACUACUUCCAUUUUUCAUAUGUUCCAAAUGA